CUCUCUCUCCAUUUGCCACUUUUGCUUUAAUUCCUCAAAAGUCCCCAAACCUUUUCUUCCCCUCCCCCCUCUGGCCGGAGAGAGAUCUCUGUUAUCUCUUUCUUUCCCUCUGAGGCCUGAGAAGGAAACAAAAGCCAAUAAUUUUAUUUUUUUUUAUUUGGUAUUUUUGGGGCCUUCUAUUUCUUUUCUUUUCUUUUUUUUAGUUUUGGAAGAUGGGGUCAGAGAGCUCCUCGAACUCGACCUCUGAAUGCGAUGGGAACGACAAGAACUUAGAGACCCAGGUGGUGCUGAACGUGUACGAUCUCACCCCUCUCAACAAUUACAUGUCUUGGUUCGGUUUUGGGAUCUUCCAUUCCGGCAUUGAAGUCCAUGGUAAGGAGUAUGGAUUCGGGGCUCAUGACUUCCCAGCAAGUGGAGUUUUUGAAGUGGAGCCAAGGACUUGCCCAGGUUUUGUUUACCGAUGUUCUGUCCCAUUGGGCCGCAUAACUAUGCUUCCAUCCGAGUUCCGAGUAUUUAUUGAGAAUGUGGCAUCCGAGUACCAUGGGGAUACCUAUCACCUCAUUUCCAAGAAUUGCAACCAUUUUACAGAUGACAUUUCAUGGAGACUGACAGCAAAACACAUCCCAGGUUGGGUGAAUCGGCUUGCCCGACUAGGUGCUUUAUGUAGUUGUCUGCUUCCUGAAAGCCUUCAAGUAUCCACUGUCAAACAGCUGCCUGAGUACCACGACUAUUCAGAAGAAGAUGGUACAGAAUCUCUGUCGACCACCACUGCACGCGAGUCCACAGAGAUUGAUGAUGAUCAAGAGAAGAGUCUGCUGUCCCCAAUGGCUGUAAGCGGUGAUAUGGCCUUUGUUAAGGAGUGUAUUAUGAGCUUGGAACUAAAAGAUGGCUGUCUACUUCAGUUUCGUGAAGCAAUUUGGUGAACAUGAGCGCUGGAAAUUUGUCACCAAAACUGUUGGGUGCAUAUAUAUAUAUAUAUAAGGGGGAUUACCCUCUCCUUCCCUGUUUCAGGCUGGAUUCGAUUCCAGUUCUAUUGUUUGAUGACAAGAGUUCAGAAGGCGGGGCUAGCUGACCUACAAGGAAACUCCCAUGCCAUUUAAACCGCACAGUUUUAAUGCAUGCGACAUAUGUCUUUGGUGUUGGUGUAGACUUCCAUUUACAUGCCAGUCCUGGCUAAUAUAUAAUAAAUCAUGAAACUUUAUUGUCUCUAAUGGUAAGGCUGAGGUUGACAUGAACCUAAAAUACCGACCGAGCUAUAAACGACAUUGGAAUUCUGCACUUCUGAAUGUUACGAAACUUGGAAUACACUGGAUGUAAAGCAAGAGCAACCAAGACACUGGAGGAGGAUUUAUAACUCAUUGCAGAAUAAAAUAGGAAGUUUCUCGCUUCCAGCCAAGCAGGGAACGGAGCAGACACGACAAUGGCUUCCAUUUAAGUCUGACAUUCAUGCUAGGAAAAAAGAAAAAGAAAAACUGACACCCGUAACGUCGGAAGCAGCUUUUUUUUCUUCUCAGAAAUGAAAGUAAUACCACAAUGAAUCUUUAAUCUGUUCCAAACUGGGGUUGGAGUGUCCGCUGUAAAUUUCAAAUUAUUUUAAUUUUGUA